GCAUUUGACAAUUCCUGUACAAAACAAUACAAAAAAAAUAAAAAGCUAGUCGCCGUCAAACAAAAUACAAGAAGGAAAUUCGCAAUGGACCUAAAUUAUGUGGACCCCCUUGAAGGUAGUAGUUAUUCUAUGAACGAUACAGAUGUUAAAACAGAAGAAGACGACGAGGAACAAUACAAUACCAUGGACCUUCUCCAGCUAGCACGAUGUGUGCAAACAGUCCAAGAACCAAUCGAAUUCAACUCGACCGAUGCAAUGCUGGACCCCAAAACCAACCAGAUGGUCUGCCUCCACUGCCUAGACGAGUUUGACUCGAACCUCCUCUCCGAUCACAUGAUAAACGCACACAACUACAGACGGAUAGCGUUCAAAUGUCACAUCUGCCAGAAUGUGUUCCAAGAGAGACGGUUUCUCUUGGUGCAUCGUCAGCAGUGCCGGCCGCCGCAGAAACAUCAUAAGCGGAAGACGUUCGUGCAGAUUAUGAAGGAGGUAGAAAACAGUUUCACUGAAAACGACAACCUGCUAGAAUCAGUAGCGUGCCCCAUCUGCGUCAUGGAGAUGCCAAAAUACUGUCUCAAAGAGCAUUUACUGACCGAGCACAGGAAACCGGAAGUGACGCUCACCUGCGAGGUGUGUAAACGCAAUUUCAAGUCGAAGUUGACGCUACGGGAGCAUAUCAAGUUGGUGCACGAAGCGGUUGAGGAUUCGGAGCAGUGUGAGCUGUGCGGACAGAAGUUCAGGUCGCUGAAGUAUUUGGCUAACCAUAAGAGGAAUGUGCAUCCUACUGGCGAUAAGAUCCACAAGUGCAACGUGUGCGGGAAGCAGUUCAAGUCCCGCCUGUGCCUCCACCAGCACUGCAAGCACGUGCACCCGCCGCCGAGCGCGUGCGUCACGUGUCCGCACUGCAGCAAGACGUUCAAAUCCAAGAUCAACCUGCACCAACACCUCAAAGUGUCGCACGGUCUGAAGAACCGACCGAAUUAGUAUCGACGGUUGUGUGGUUGUGUGGAAGAGCUAUUAUGGGGGUUUGAAGGAUUGCGUCCAUCACUGGGGAGUCGGGCGGGUUGGCGCAAAUAUUACCUUCUAUACAUUUUGUAUAGUGUGUAUGUUGAGAGUUGGCAGGGUCGCCAUGUGGUGUGACUUGGUGCAAUAAAUGAAGACACGUCAAACCAGUUUAGGUUGCAAUUUAUUAGUGAUACAUAAAUAUAAUAUAUUAUAAUUACGCAAAUACAUAUAAAUGCUAACACAAGAAAUUAUAAACGUAAUUACACACUAUACUUACACACUGCAAUAGAAAUACGUCUAUUAGAGAUGUUUUUUUUUUUGGGUGUAGGAUUUCGCAGUAGACACCUUGGGAAACUUGCGAACGAGAUACUGGAAUCCCUCAGUUUAGCGAAUGCAGAAGCAAAGAACUAUAAGGGAAGGAGAAGGAACCCUCUUAAGGUGGGAGACGGGGAGAAAGCCAGUAAAUGUUCGCACUUAUAGGCCUCCAUGUGAAUUGGCAACCAUGAGGUAUACACAACUGUGUGCCUAGGACAUAUGUCUCCCCAUGCGAGCGUGCAUUCAGUGUAGAGACCGAACGCAUAGUGUGGCAUACGAGUCGUGCCACAGAAAUAAGGCGCCAAAUUUAAAAAAAUUUACGGUUUGUAACCCUAUGAAGAUUAAAUAGAUGAGUUUAUCUUAAAGUUAUAUUUUUAUCUAUAAAAUUAAUAUUAUUUGAACAAUCUUAAAUAAGAACAUUAUGCAUUUCAUGUUUACACUGGGUCAUAAGUUAUAUUUUUUUAAAUUUGCCGUCAUACUUUCGUCGGCCGUUUUCGCCGGCCAGACUCUACAUUUGCCGCGAGGGGGGGGGGGGGGGAUUUGUUUGUAGGGUAGGUUGUGCGGAGAAGGCGUUACGUAUAUUUGAGGAAUUGCGUUUACCAGCCGGAUCGAGCGUCAUUUUCUAUAGAAAUGCGUUUAUUAGGCGGGUUAGUGUGGAUUGGUAGAGAGCGGCCUGAUCAUCCCGUCGUAAUGGACGCUUCAAUGGAUUGUCGCACGGUCUGGAGAACUGUCCGAACUAGUGCUAGGGGGUUGGAUGGUUGUGUGAAGGAGGCAUUAUGUUAGGUUUAUGAUGUUUUGGUUAGAUUGAUGAGUAAUAUUAUGUACUGAGAUGUAUUAUAUUUUAUUGUAUACAAAACGUGAAGUUAUCAGUGAACUAGAAAUAAAUUUAAUUAUUCAAUAA